UUUCGCUCUGGACCAAUCGCUCAGCAACGUCGGAGCGAAGAUCAGUGCCGCAUCACCCUGAACCUGGAUACCCCAUCUCGUAUUCUUGCAUCUGAUCCUUGAACGUUACAUCUACAAAGCAACUGGCAACAAGCUCGGUGUCUCGGUGCACGGUCAUCAUCAGUCGUACUAACACGGUGAAACUAUCGGCUUGCAAGUCCCCAUUGAUUUGGGUUGUCAGAGGCCUGCACGGAUGACUCCACCAAACAUUGAAAAGGGUCGCACUGGCAUCGUUAAGGAAAGCCGGCGUGCAAACAGGACGAUUCAUCUGUUAUCACUACCAAUUUAAAGCCUUUACCCGCGAGAUUGUGUCGACCCUAGACACUGCAAUUAUUUUCCCUAAGCUUACAGGCCUAUUGAAGUUAUGCGCUCCCAUCAGGAAGUUCAAACCUCUUUGAACUAUUGGCCCGCCCAAGGCCCUGUCCAAAGGGAGCUGAUACUCGGCACGGUUGGUGCAUAUCGCCGACCCAUUGAUAGUCGACCCGUGUCGAUCCAGGAUGUGCGUGGCCAAGAGGGAAUAUUCGCCCUGGACAUCCAUGGUUUUCAGUUCAUCAAGCAUGUCAGCCAGCAUGUCGCGUCCUUUGAGGAAGCUUCCGUGAAGAAGCAUAUGUACCCCGAAGCAGAGAAUAUUCUGAAGAACAUAACCGGUGCGACCCGUGCCCACGUGUUUUCGCACAUCGCCCGCACUGCUCCCUACGAAAAGGUAGAAGCAAUGGCUGACUCGGCUGACCCGGAUACGAAAGCGACAAGUGUAAUGGUACCCGCGCGGCAUGUCCAUGUGGAUCAGUCAGAGUCCGGGGCUUUCGAAGUCCUGAAGGACAACGUGACGGCGCUGGAAGCGGAGCGGUUGUUAAAGACUCGAUGGGCCAUCGUCAAUAUAUGGCGCCCGCUGAAAGUGGUUCCCCGGGACCCGUUGGCUGUAUCGGAUGCCCGUUCCUUCCAAGAUGAGGAUCUCCUUGAAAUCUAUGGAAGAGUUCCUGGUAAGCAAGACAAUAAAGACUAUGAUGCGGCGACAAAGGGUCGUGGUUUCGGUAUGCUUUAUGGCAAGUAUGCACCCGGCCAGAAAUGGUAUUACAUGUCGGAUAUGAAGCCUGAUGAAGUGCUAUUGAUCAAAUGUUACGAUUCGAGAAAGGAUGGCCGGACAGCUAGAAGAACGCCUCAUACAGCCUUCGUGGAUCCGAGAACCCGGCAUGUGAAAGAAGCCCGUGAGAGCGUGGAAUUGAGAUGUUUAGUCUUCUUUGAAGACCAGCCCCUAGCCUGAUGGAACAUGGCCUCUCGCACUGCGG